UGGCCCCUCCUCCCGCUUCCUCUGCCCAGCUCCCCUCCGGUUGCUCUUCCGCAGCGUGGCCCCCCCCUCCACCCUCUGGCCAUGGCAGACAAGCCGCUCAAGCACAGCAAGAAGUCCAAGCGGUGCCUGCUGUGCGAGGCGCCCUUCUCCGGGGCGGCCGAGGGGGACCUGUGCCCCAGGUGCUCCCUGACCCCCCUGGCCCCCAUGCACACGGCACAGCCCAGCGUGGAGAGCCGGUGGCGAGACACCAGGGCCCCUUCCCCUGCGGGGAGCUGCGGCUCCGGGGACGACACGCAGGGCCAGGAGCAAGAGGAGGACAAGGAGGAGACAGGACGGCAGCUCCUGGCCGAGUGGGUCUUUCCAGCUGAGCUGCCGGACGCAAUUCGCGGGAUGGAACCCCAGGGCUCAGCCAGGCUGAAUUCCAGGAAAAGGAGAAAAGAAGGGGUGGGCCCCAACGGGGCGGCCGAAGCGGAUGGCAUCCCCUCCAAAAUGCCACGGAACUGCUUGGGUCUCCGGGAGCCCGCUCCAUUUUCCGAUGAGCUUGAAGUGGACUACAGCAAGCCAUACAUCCGAGUAACGUUUGAUGAAGCGUUAAGGGGGACGCCAUUGGACAGACCAGUCAGGGUUUACGCCGACGGAAUAUUUGACCUUUUCCACUCUGGGCACGCACGGGCCUUGAUGCAGGCGAAAAACCUCUUCCCAAACACGUACCUGAUUGUAGGGGUCUGCAGCGACGAGCUGACGCACAACUUCAAGGGCUUCACGGUGAUGAACGAGGCCGAGCGCUACGACGCCGUGCAGCACUGCCGCUACGUGGACGAGGUGGUGAGGAACGCCCCCUGGACCCUGACGCCCGAGUUCUUGGCUGAGCACAGGAUCGACUUUGUUGCCCACGACGACAUCCCCUAUUCCUCUGCCGGCAGCGACGAUGUCUAUAAGCACAUAAAGGAAGCAGGAAUGUUCGCACCGACUCAGAGAACCGAAGGAAUUUCCACGUCGGAUAUCAUCACUCGCAUCGUCCGCGACUACGACGUCUAUGCCCGGCGGAACCUGCAGAGAGGCUACACGGCUAAGGAGCUCAACGUCAGCUUCAUCAACGAGAAGAGGUACCACUUGCAAGAGCGCGUGGACAAAGUGAAGAAGAGGGUGAAGGACGUCGAGGAGAAGUCCAAGGAGUUUGUGCAGAAAGUGGAGGAGAAAAGCAUCGACCUCAUCCAGAAAUGGGAAGAGAAGUCCCGCGAGUUCAUUGGCAACUUCCUGGAGAUGUUUGGCCCCGAAGGAGCUCUGAAGCACAUGCUGAAGGAGGGCAAGGGGCGCAUGCUACAGGCCAUCAGCCCCAAGCAGAGCCCCAGCAGCAGCCCCACCCACGACCGCUCCCCCUCCCCUUCCUUCCGCUGGCCCUUCACUGCCCGGACGCCCCCCUCGUCUCCAGCCAACGUCCCCAGGAACAAGUCGGCGGUGGCCUAUGACAUCAGCGAGGACGAGGAGGACUAGAGAGACCCUGGACCCCGCAGGGAUUUCUGCAAAUGCUGCUUCCUUGAUGAGUCCCGCCUCCAGGCAUGAAGAGAACCGCUGACGAUGAGCUCCAGAGAGCGAGCGCCUCCCCUCAACCCGCCGCCCGAGGGCUGGGUCUGCCGUGGCAGCCCACCCGGGCAGCAUCCUCCUCCUCCUCUCUCACUGAGGACUAGUGCCUUGGGGAGUGGGGCGCAUUGUUGCGUUUGAACGCCUUCCCCACUUCCCCUUUCAUUGGUUAUUUGCUGUCUUGUUUCUUGGGGGAAACGGGGGGAAGGUGGCUCUUAUUUUAAAGCAGGUGUAUUCCUUUUAAACUUUUAACCGGCCCGAGCCACUCGUGGAAAUGAGCACUCUGGUUGGCGGGGGAGUUAUGGGGCUGGCAGAGCCGGGAGGCUGCCCUGCAGGUGAGCAUCGUUGCCUGCCCGUCCCCAAGUCCCAGGGUGCCCCCUGCCUCCUCACAGGCUGUUUCCAGUUCAAGGCCCACAAGGCCCUUGAGCCGGUGUGAAGUCACGGCAGUGCAGGAAGCGGUUACAGUAGAAAAUCUGUAAAGAGAGAGAGAGAGGUGGCGGCUGGCUGUGGAGUCACCAGAUGCUUUUUGGGAUGCCGGAGCGGCAGUUGGUCACCUUGCAACCCCUUCUGUUCCCCCAGUUUGCUGGUCCUCAAGAAGAUAAGUGGGAGGGGAGGCUGUGCAAAAGGGGGGGGACAUGUCUGCAGAUUCCCACUGUAACCCCAGUGAGGUUGUUGGGUCGUCUGCUCAGCUGCCUUUUCCUGCUUCUGGCGCACACAAUAAUAAAAGAAAAAAUUCAGUUCGCUUCCCAAA